UCAUACAGAGCGGCGUGACAGCAGGGCGUCCGGAGGACCGGGGAGCGUGUGUGGGAACAAAAUAAACCCCAAAACAAAACACUGACCAGCAAACAAGCAGAAGUGACAAGAAGAGGACAAGACAAAGUGUUUCUGUGUGGGAUAUUUCUGUUCCAACUCCUGACCGCGCACCACAGUUUCUGACUCUGUUCCACCGCUGCUUGGCUGUGUUCGGUCCCGGAGCUGAUGGGCUACAGAGCGGAUGGCGUGCUACUACCUGGUGAUCAGCUCCACGCACCUCAGCAACGGCCACCUCCGGAGCAUCAAGGGAGUUUUCCGGGGACCGCUGUGUACCAGCGGCGGAGCAGAAUCUCCGAACUAUGCUGAGAAGGAGAAAGCCAUCACCAAAGCCCUGGAGGACCUGAAGGCCAAUUUCUACUGUGAGCUCUGUGGCAAACAGUACCACAAAUAUCAAGAGUUUGACAACCACAUCAACUCGUACGACCAUGCGCACAAACAGAGACUGAAGGAGCUCAAGCAGAGAGAAUUUGCACGCAACGUCUCGUCUAAGAGCUGGAAGGAUGAAAAAAAGCAGGAGAGAGCACUGAAACGGCUACAUCAAAUUGCCUUGCUGAAACAGAAGAGGGACAGUGACAAUGAAAAGAGUCCAGAGUUAAGAGCUGCACCCAGAGACCAGCAGCAGGAAAAAGUUAGGCUUAAAGGAAGUGACCGGCAUUCCUCCAGGCAUUCCUUCUCCAGAAACCAGCCUGAAACCGCUCCCUCUCCAAGCCCACAGAGUCCUCCGUCCAGUUCUGAGCUCAGAGAUCAGUGUUCCAUUCAGGUUCAGUGUUCCUCGCUUCUGUCUCAGACCCCGAAAGGUCACAGGCACACUAGGGCGGGGAUCUCAUUCUGUUUCGCAAGACGAGCUCAAUUGAAGCUGGACUCCUGUGCAUCAGUGUUUAAUGAUGGACCAGAUGAAUCCAAUGAUCAAUUCAAUGAUCAAGCGCUUCAACAAGAGCAACAGAAGAUGUCCUUGCAGACCCUCUGGUCCAGAACUCUUUCUCCCACACUGACACAGGAAGACCACAAUCUCAUUCUUGACUCAGUACCCCCAAGGCAACAUUCAGAUCAACCGAAUCAAGAGGAUUCAAGAGACAGUCUGGAGUUUGAGGUGAAGCAGGGUUGUCAGAGGCAAGGUUGUCCCAAAAUACAUGUACCAGAACAUGAAAAGCAGUUUGGAUAUCUGGAAGAUGCAACAGCUAACCAAAGCCUGAUAUCCAAACAAGAGAAGACAGACCAAGAGUCUGGACUAUUCAGCACACAUGAUGACUUGCUAGCAGGCAGCAAACAUGGGAUGACUGAAAAAUGUCAAUCAGACACUGAGGGGGACUCUAUGUGUAAAAAUACUCCUUUCUUAAAUGUUGUGGGCAAGGAUGGAAGUAAGCUGAAAUGGCCAUGUGAGUUUGUGAGGUACACUUCUGACCACCCCUGUGUGUCCUACAGCUGCAAUCCAUUCUGCUUAAAUUUCAAAUGCACAGAAGGUCAAGAAAACAGCAGCGGGGUUCAAAAAUCAGACUCCAACCUCUCAAAUCAAUCUAGCAAACAUGAAAAAUUAAUCCAAGAUGUUGCUAAGCCUAAAUCAGGCAUUUUAAAGCCAAAGAGACACAAACACAAAGUAAGGAGAAGGAUUCAUGAGCGUAAAUUAAAUGUUGCAAGGGAACCGUGGAUGGGCUGUGCACCUGAAACCUUCUCCCAGAUGCCUACUGCAGAACACUCUGAAUUUAAAAGCACCAUAGACAACCAGACACAUGUAAAAAAGAAACACAGGAAGAAGAGGCACAAGUUCAGGAAAAAAAGAUCACAGAGGAACAAAGCGUCCAAUAAGACAAGACGUCUAAGCUUAAAAAGUAUCAUCGUGAAUGCCUUUUCUUCACCAACAUACCGCAAACAGAAGCGCCAAAGGUUGCUAUCUGCCGUCCACCUGUCAAAACAAAGGGCUUUUUUGCAUGCUUCCAUUCAAUCCCCAGCUGAGAUUGAGGAUGAUUACCAGUGGUAUGACAACUUCUGUGAGUCCAAACAGGCUGGUGAUAGGCUAGCUCCAUUCAGUGACAAGUCCGGCUCAUGGGACAUUCAGUCAGACCUAAGCUCUGAUGAGGACCUGCCUGCUUUUCAAUGGGAGAGAGACUGUCCUUCUCCUGUGUCAACUCCCUCAUAUUCCUGGAGGAGUGGACACUGUCAGCCCAAUGCGUACAUCAGAAGAUCUAGUCACAAUUCCCCUUGCUAUGGUUACAGACACACGUCAGACAGCCCAGAUAGAGACACCAAAUGCAGACAGGACUACUGGGAUUACAGAGACUCAGAAAUCUACAGGGAGAGGAAUUACUCUGGAUUUUUCCAGAGUCCCUGUAUAAUAAAGCAGAGGUACAAUAUCAGAAGGCAAAAGAGAGUCCAUGAGGAGAACAAGAACAGAGAAUACCAAAAUCUAGGCACAAAAAGAAUAUGUAUUUACAGAGUAUAUGGGGAUGCCGAGCCUCACGAAACAAAAAGCGAUUGGUGGUGCGGGAGGCUCAGACCUGGUCGUAGGAGGCAAAGAAAAAGAAACAGAUACUGGUUAGGCUCAGAGGUGUGUAAAGAGAGAAAGUAUUAUCCCCCCAGUCCUCUGCCCAGGCACAGCCCCACUUCCUCCAGUACCACCAGCAUUUCAGACCUCAGUGUAGAUUGUAGCUCUCCCAUCAAACCAUCCUCUUAUGGGCAACCCCAACCUCAUCACAGUGACUUAAAAUGGCCAGCAGAGAGAUCCACCAGGACCAAAGCUUCACAUUCAAGAGAACACACACCCAAAGCAAGGAGCCCUUCACCAGUACCCACAUCUGUUUCUAGAUCAGAGACAACACUUUCAGACCCUACAGAAAAGCAGAAACACAAACCCAACUCCCCUGAAUCAUCACAUCAGACUAUAUUAACAAAUACAAAAGCCACUGAUCUUAGAGUUCGCUCUUUCACACUUCCCUUGAUUGGUAAACUCCCCUCUUUAAAAAAAGGAACACGACAGAUAGGAAUUAACACAGAGAAAGCUAGUAGUUGCAAUAACCAAGUUCAAACAUGUUCAAAACCUGAAAACCAAGCAACGACACCUGACACUCCCCAAAAAGAAAUGUACAAUUUAACGUUAUCCACCAAUCAAAGAACUACAGAGUGCAAAAAAAGCUCCACAACUCUCGAAAACCUCAACAGAACCCCGAAGCAAACAUCCGAAACUCUGGAAAAUCAGACCUCAAGUUGCACAACCCCUCCCCUGACUAAAAAACCAAUAACAUUCACUGAGGAUGAAAUAGAUAAGUACAGACUUCUUCAACUUCAGGCCCAGCAGCACAUGCAGCAACAACACCUCCAAGAGCACCACAAUACGCCAAGAUAUUCAUCAGCCCUGGAGGUUCCUCCACUGAAUCACACACCUAUGCUCGCUCCAGAGCCUUCAAAUCAGACCUUACCGUUCCCCUGUCACCCAUACACCAUAGAUCAGCCAGGAACACUUUCAAUUUUCUCCUCUCCCUGUCCUUCCCCUUCUUUUGCAUCCCACAAAUCUCCUCACUCUGCUCUCCAUCCCUCUCUCUCUCAGUCCCACUUUGCCCCGUUUCCCUUCCCUGCUGUUUUUUAUCCAGCUUCCCCUGCAGUGGUUUUGUCAACCCACCCACUCCACCUGAUCUCAGCAGCAAACCUCAACCCUCCUGGCCUGGCACUUCACCCCUUAACACACUCAUCGCUGCUCUCCUCUGUGCUUACCCCGACCCACAUGGCCGCUGCCAGGGCUUUGCAGAUUCACCCCUUACUUCAUCCUCUGUUCCCUCGACAGGACUUUCAGCACUACCCCAGUAUUGCCAGCUAG